UUAGUGAACCAAACAUCAUGAUGUGGCAGAACGUUCGUAUGAGCCUUCGAGGCCCGUAGCCGCGCGCCCGCGUUAACCGGCAUGCCGUCGUUAUGUUAUCCAUACAGUAACACUCACGACGUUCGAUAAACACGUAUUAAACACGUAACGCGAAAAGUACAAAAAAGUAUACAUACACACACACGGUACACGUAUAGAUAGAGAGGGAGAGAUAGAGAGGGAAUAUACGUAGACGUAUUACGGUAAAGAGAGAAAUAAAAUAGGGAACCCGCAUUAAGCGAUUCAGCGAAAAAAGAUUCGCGCGACGACGACGACGACAACGGCGGCGGAGGCGGCAGUGGCGACGAGGCCGACGACAACGAAAACGAGAACGGCAACGACAGCGGCGGCGGCGGCGGCGGCAGCGGCGGUAGUGGUGGUUGUUCCUUGUAGUGGUAGUGGUGGUGGUUGUUGUUCCGCGGUGCGAGCGGAACAGCGCGCGGCGCGACGUCAGGCCCGAUGUAAAUCAAAGUUGCCGAAUCGCACGGCCCCCGGAGCGUACGUCGCGCAGUGAGCAUCGCCGCGGCACGCGCCGCGAGUGACGGAGUGCCAACGGUCAGCCUCUCCAUAGCCGCGGCAGGGAGACGUUCCGCGAGACGUAUACACGGGGCACGUAACCGACAGGGGAAGCUACGCUUCCGUAAUUCGCGGCGUGAUGUUGCUCAAACAGAUGCUGGAUCCGAGUGUGCUAACGGACCUGGAGGAGCUGACGCUUUGCGGUUGCUGCAAGCAGAAGUACAAUGACGUGGAGCAGUGUCCCAAGUAUCUCAGCUGCAAGCACUACUUCUGCCUACGGUGCAUCGAGAACAAUUUGCUGAAGGGACGCGACCUGUUCUGCGCGCACUGCUGGAAAAAGACGGACCUGGGCGACCAAGGCCCGGACGCUCUACCCACACACUCCGCUCUACUUGCCCUGGCCAACAAUCUGUCGUGUUUCAAAAUCACGCCGAACAACACGUCCAACAAACUCGUUGACAAGGAGAGAAAGAGUGAGAACUGUCACACACACGGAAUGCCAUUGGCACUGUGGUGUGCGACGUGUUGCACGGCCCUUUGUAGAGCGUGCGCAAGCCCGCAGGAUCACCCGGGUCAUCAGAUCAAAUCGCAAACCGAUGCCAAAGAACAGCUCAUAUCCGAUGUUCAACAGGAGUUAGUCACCGUGGGUAAACUGACGGCGGAUAUUCAGAGACUGGCCGGACAGCAACGCGACUUUCUGUUAAAGGUGCUGGAGGCGUGCAUGACAUUGAAAACGCAUGUGGAAACGGAUCUGCAGAACGGCUGGGGUCAUUUUCCCGAGAUAACGGAGGCGCGCGAGACCCUAGGUAAGACGAAGAUUGGCCUGCAGAUGAGCGAAACCCCGGGCGACGUGUACGGUCUACAUUCGCAGCUAGUUCUCGAAAAACAAAGAUUGCAGUCCAAGUGUCAGGAAAUGAUGCUGCAGUGUCAGCUGGAUGAUCUCAUCGGCAAUUCCGGAGUGGUAUUUGAUUUCGCCUUGCUGAAGCAAGCAUUGGCGGGGAUACACACGACGGAUCCAAUCAUUUCUCAGGGCAAUGGUAGUCGUAUGUCAAAUCAUCUCGCAGCCACGCAUAACCCACUCUUGUUCCUUGUGAAUUACUGCAUGUCGCAAUUGUACACGCGUCACAUCGUCAGCAAGCAGCAGCACAUGCCGAACGGCUCGAUGGAAUACCACCAUUCAAGUAUGAUGCCACCGCCACCGCAACAGGCGCCAUCCGUUCACGUUCAUCAGGGUCCACCGCCGCAACCCAACCAAGCUCCCCAGCAGCUCCUCAUUCCACCCGGUUCACCGUCCAUCAAACCCGUACCGCCUGCACCGCCCAAUGCCAUAAUGCAUCCACAGCAACAGUCGACGUUCAUGCCUGACGCGAUCGGUACCGGCGUCGGCGGCGGUAGUCUAGUGACCGUCCACUCGUCCCCGCAACCGCCGUCCAACGCGAUGACGGCGACGUUGACGCGAGGUCCCGCGAAUCCGUAUCCCCUGUAUUACUUCAACAUCGAGGUGAACGGCUCGCCGCACGGGCGUAUCGUAAUCGAGGUGCGACCGGAUGCGGCGCCGAAGAUGGCAAAGAAUUUCAGCGUGCUGUCGACGGGGGAGGCCGGAAUCGGUUACAAGGGAUGCACGAUAUUCCAGUGCUGGGAGGGCGAGUCCGUGAUUACCGGCGACUUCGAGCUUAACAACGGCCGCGGUGGACGCAGCAUAUUCGAGGACGGUUAUUUUAUGCCGGACGAUACCAAGUUCCCAGCGGUUAGGGGCGCGGUGGGCAUGAGACGGACGCAAAAGCGGCACGACAACCUCGGCAUGGUCGGCUCGCAAUUUCGCAUAAUACUGCAGGAGAUGCGCGGCUUUACUGGCAUCUUCGGCCACGUAGUCGAGGGAUUGGAGCUGGUGGAGAAGAUAUCUACGUUCGGCGACCAGACCGGCAAGCCUACCAAGAAUAUUCAAAUCACGAAAUGCGGUAAAUUGUAACGUUUAUGCUAUCGCUGUCGCGCGGUUUGUUGCAACGCCGGGUAAAUCUCCGAGAAAUGAGAGAGUAUGUACUCCGUAUAUAUGAUAUAACGCCGUAUACAACACGUUUUCCUGCUCUAGAUAACCGAAGGAAAGUCGCCACGGUAUCCCCGACUCGCGCGCGUUUCGCGGGAGAAACUUGUACGUAAGAAGAAACGUGCAAAAAGAAAUCGCGUUACACGUAAUUGUCCGACGACGGGUGACGAUUAUUGUUAUUAUUAUAUCCGCCGCGCGUAUGUCCGCUCGGGGAGAUCGUUGCGACACGUUUAUUAGCUCCGCGAAAUCCUCGAACGCUCUGUACGAGUCAUGCAACUUAAUUAACUAUUAACAAUAGCGUCUAAAGAUGUCGAAUCUAUUUUUAAAACAUGGGCGUGUGCGAGAAGAUGAAAAAGAGAUAAAAAUCCAUAUUUUGCUAUUGACUGGGAAUCGAUACGAGAUUCUGCUAACAAUAACGACGAUGAUCGAUUUACACACGAGACACACACACAUACAUACGUACCUCAGAGAUCGACCGUGAUAUCGAUACGACUUCUCUAGCUGAUAUACGACAUAUUUGUUUUUUUUUUAGGGAGAGAGAGGUCUGACGUUUAUUUUGGCUAUUAUCGGCAUUAACUCUUCUACGACGUUGUAGUUCAUAGAACGCGUUUGUCGCGCGUUUGAACGUGAUAUAAUGGAGAAAAUAAUACCGCGCGGAUCGCGGCAGACGGUUCUCCGGCCGGCUGCGAGCGCAGCUAAUGUUUUAGGUCGUAGAUAGCGAAUAAAAGGGAAAAAAAAGCACGCGUAGAAUAAUCUGGGAAUUUAAGUGUAGCGAACUGUGUCGGAGGCAACCGAAUCGUGUGUCAUGUACGCGAGACACAUUUGCGAAGAAAACGAAAGAGAUGAAAUCUGCGCACGAGCGCAAACAUUCGACUCUUUCGAUUCUCUUGUCCUUUUAUUAUAUUUUUUUUUCUUGGCGACCUUCGCGACUUGCUGCUAAAAGUCGUGAAUCGCGUGAUUCCAUGUACGCAGGUCUCGUUUAGAUAUCUUAGCCGAGAGAGGUGGAAGAGAGAUAUCGGCAUAGUUAAUCACGUAGGAGGGCAGGUUUAUGGUUCGUCGGACACGGCAAUCGCGUAUCGUAUCGUAUCGUUCCGUUCCGUUCCAGGGGUGCGAGGAAAAAGAGCUAAAAGGGAAGAGAAAAUAAAAAAAAAAGAUAUAUUCAUCGCGCGCGCGCGUUUUGCGAAGAAGAAUCUUGCGAUCACCGCCGCUCGGAUACUUGCGGCCCGAGCCCGUUUCCCUUUUCGUUCUUUGCGAACUAGCGAACCGUCGUGGGUUAUAUCUGUAUUUAAGAUUAGAUCUCAAAAUACGUCGCAUAUGUAUGCAAGGCCUAAAUACUACUACUGUAGACCGUAAGCCUCGUGUCGUCUAAUCGGAAAACGGAAGAAUAAAAAAAGAAAUGUGCGGAUAUAUAUAUAUAUAUUAAACGAAUCAUUCCUCGAUACUAUAUAUCGAAAAAAUACUACGAUAUAAUGUAACUGCGUUAUAAUUACUCGUCUGAAUCCUCGUAAUGAAGUCUCAUGCGUUAUUAUCGUUACAUACAAUGUCACACACGCGCGCGCGUACGCGGGGAGCGGCUGCGUAUCUUUCCCUCUCACGCGAACACACGUGCGUGCGAAUAUAUCUCCACGCGCGUACAAGGCAAGGCACACUCACGCGUAAUAAGCAGAAAUUGCACGCCCUCGCGUCGUCGCGGAUAUGCCUUCUCGAAGAAAAGCCUCAUUCGAUGUUGAACUUGAAAGUUUUAACACUUGUUGAUUAGCUGAUUAAAAAAAAAAAAAGGAAAAAGAAGAACGCGUCUCUCGCGAUCGACGUCGCGAUGACUGACGCGAUGCGAAAAACGCGUCACGUCGCGUGUCGUCUUUAGGGAUAAAUAACUCGCUCCUGUACGAUCAAGAGCGGAAAUGCUGUCCGUGUCGAGUGUAGCGAAGCCGAGAACUGCGUUUAUACGUCGAGCUUCUUUCUCUCUCUUCUCUAAAGAAGAGAGAUCAGUAAGUUGGCUGGCUGGCUAGCUAAGAUCUAGAGAAAGUCCAGCGAGACUCGUAGAUAGAGAAGCUGGUUCGAUCUAAAGCAGUUCGCAAUCUCUUCACGCCGGAAGGCAUUUUUGCUGUCGAUUGCACAUGUACAAUAUUGUAUACACGACGACCGUAAGGGGGUUUGGAGGGGGGGGGAUUGGAUGAUUGUGUGUUCGAACGGAUGGAUGAAUGAACGAAUUCUCUCGUUUCGCUGCUGAACGGGGAAGACUCCGACAAAUUGUAACUCUUAGUACGUAAUCGUAGACGCAAUCGUGAGGAAAAGAACAUAUUGUAUCGAAGCGAGUAAAGAUUAGGCCCAACUGUACACGUACAUAUACACAAAAAAUACACACACACACACACAGAUACAGAUACCUAUGCGCGCGCGUAUGCAUAUAUAUAUAUACAAAUAUAUAAACUACGUAUAUUUUUAUGAACGUGAUGAGGUUACAACGCAUAGCUUGUAAUAUCGAUUCUAAUGACCGACCGAUUUACCUGGCCCCUCGCGUGCGAUUAAACGAUUGAGCGGCUGUAA